GUUUUCUCUGCUAACUUCGACAGUAAUUCUACUGUUAAACAAUAUCUUGACCCACCAAUAUUUGCUCGUUACAUUCGUCUUCAUCCAAAGCAAUGGUCCGGAAGUUGUGCACUGCGUGCUGAAUUUCACGGUUGUUAUGAAGGUAUGUAUUCCUGCCAACUCUAUAAGUACUGGAACGAUAACUCCAGAUAAAAGUCCCUAUGAUUGGGUGAAACCAAUAUGGCAGCUAAUAGGGUAAACUCUUAUAGGUAUGAAAUGCGUGUGUAAAUAUAAACUCUUAUAGAUAUGAAAUGCAGUGCAAAAGUCUGUUACAACAGUGCAAAAAUCUGUAACAACAAAGAAAAAUCAGUAACAAACUGAUCUGAUUGGUGGAAAAACAAUCAGAGAUCUAAAAUCAACCAAUCAGCUUAAAGUAGUCGUCAAGUAACGGCCACAGCCAUUGCUUCGAAACAAAACUAACAUGGCGGUCGCGCUACAUAGAAGAAGAGUUCGAUAGAGAAAUAGAAGUUGAACUCGGGUGGAAAAUAUGGCAUUUAUUUUUUUUUUAAAUGGAAGAGACUGUACCUUAAACUAAUAAAACUUAACAUAGCUGUGUGAAGCUUUCAAACCGUUAGCGUUGUAUAAUGUGAUAUAACAAAGCAGGAAAACUUUGUCAGUGGACGGUUCGCUGUAAACUAAGCUUUCCGUAUUUCGGACUUGUGCUGUUUUGAUGCUUUUUUUAUGCUAUUUUGCAUGUUUUAUCCAAAUUGCCCUUGAAACCAUCGUAUUAGCUAUCAUAGAGCGAGAUCUAAGAUAUAAAUUACUGUAACUUGCGCAGAAUUUAAACCUUCACAUACCUGCAUUUAAUUAUUUCCUCUUUCAGAUUGCAUGCAGGAUCCCCAAUAUCUUGGAUUAGCGAGCUACAGUAUUUCAGACAUUCAACUCAAUUCUUCUUCUGACGGAAGCGGUGCAGCAUCUCAAGCCAGGUUGAAUUUGACAUCAGACAGUUGGGUGCCGGCGUCAGAUGAUUUGUAUCCUUGGUUGGAAGUUGAUUUCAUGAUGAGAACUAAAGUGCGAGAGAUUUUGUCGCAAGGUCGCGACCAUGAAGAUAAUUGGGUGACGAGCUACAGUGUUUCUUACUCCAGUGAUGGGAAGACCUUUCAGGAUUAUACAGAAUACAAUAAAGUAAAGGUAAAACAGUUUUAAAAUCGAAAUUAUCCGGACGCUGUCCUACUGAAUCUGGUCUACUUCAAGCUAGUACAAUCUGUAGACAUGCAUGUUUCGGCGUUCCACGUCUCAUCUGUGCAGCUCGGUACACGUAUAGCUACAUACGUGAUGACCACCGUAUUUAUACACCCUAGCUUGCUCUAACCAAGCGCAUUUGGUAACAACACAGUGUCACCAACGUAUCUAUACAUGCGCAGUGUAUAUAUAUACCUAAAGAUAGACAUCUCGCGAAAGCCCCAAAAAUUAGUGCAGUAACUGCACUUCCGGUUUUGCACACCUGUUGUUUCGCAAGAUUUGUAAUGCCAAAUUCACAAAAACGUGAAUUAUUGCAACUACCACGUUUCAAAUAAAACAACUUGUCGUAUUUCUGUAUAUCAAAACUUUUUCAAAACCUACGUUUUUUCAAAACCAGAAGUGCGGCAAGAACCUGAAUUUUCGGAUUUCGCGAUUGGUCUAUUUACGAAAUUUUUUCAAAACUUCGCAAAGAAUAAUAUCGAAUCGAAAAUGUUGGACAGUUCAUGUGUAUAUUUACCAGCUGGACCACCUUAGUAUUGAGCUGGUACACGCAGUAAAUGAUUGGACAUUAUUGACAUGCGCUUCUUCAUGAAAACCAGUACAUUUAUAUAAAAAGUCAUUAUAUGUCAUAUUGAUUAUAUUUACAUAUGACACUAUCAAGAAGAGAGUAUGUAAAUUAAGAAAAUGUUCUUUGGUUAUUUUAAAUACAUCUUACAAUACGAUACGUUACGAUACGAUACAAUGCUGUCAAUGCAGUAAACCUAUAUUUAAAAUUCAGGGUAGCCAUUUCAGAAGCAAAAGCUGCUGGCAUCAAUAGGUACCUCAUGACGAUGCAUGCAACAUAAGAACUUUGAGUUUUGUCUUUGUAUGCAUGUUUUUCUGAAGAAUGUGUAUUUGCAAUUGCCGUCAAAUUCAAGUUCAAUUUUAAUACUCUCUGUAUACCGAAUUUGCUUGACUACACACUAAACGAUGGCUUGAAAUCGAGCGGACAAUCCAUUGACUAUAAGUAAUUUUUAUUGCAGAUUUUAUAAAUUUCUAUCCUAUUUCUUUUUUGUUCAGGUGUUUUCAGGCAACUACGACAGAAGCUCUAUCGUGCGACAUGUUUUGACUCGUAUCAUAUUUACCAACCGUAUUCGUAUCUAUCCUAAAACCUGGACAACAAACGCUGGACUCAGGCUGGAAUUUGCUGGUUGUAACUUCGGUAAGAGAACGUAUCUGACUCUAAUUCUGGCCCAUAAUAAAUAAAAGAAAUAUUUUUUUCAAAUUUGACAUGCAUUGAUUUGAUGUUCGCGCGGGAAGUUGUCAGGUCUGCCUUUAAGCCAUGGCGAGGGAAAAAGACAAUAAAAGAUUUUCUAUUUCUAGAAUUGGUCAGAUUGUCCCCUCUUUUCUCUUUCCAAACUUUUUCUUAUGGGUGUUUGCAUGAGUGUUACACUGGCUGGCGUCCCUGGCGAGACCCUUUGUGUAAUUUGAAAUACUUAUUAAAAUUCUCUUUCAUUGAUUAUAUGAGAGAAGCGCGGAUCAGUGGUCUUGGGCGAGGUGCCUCGCUAUUAGAGAUGUUCAGAUUUGACUUCCACUAGCGCUAAUAGUAUCGCGCGCGCGCAUGGUUUAGUACCUAUCUAAUUGGUGAAUCGGAUAUAUCAACACAUCUGAUUGGUAAUGGUUGCUUAUCUGAACCUCUAUAUUGACUUCCCUAGAUAUCUCAAAAUAUAGCUGAAAAUUUCCAAUAAUAAUGCUUCAAAGAUGAUCAAAAUUUUGCAAAUAUGACAAAAAUAAAAUGAGUUUUGAGAUGUCCUUUAGUGCCGUUUACGGAGGCGGGCCAGCAUUUAAACACGAGGUGAAAUCAAGCGCUGUCUAUUUAUAGGAUUACACCUUGUGUUGACCUUAUUAAACACCCUCUUAGUGCUUGUUUAGAGGUGAUUGAAUAUUCUGCAUGAAAACAUCAAUUAACUCAGAACCAACUGUGUGAUAAAUUCAGUCACAAAAAAAUGAAAAAAAAAAUCUUGAUCACCAUAAAUCCAGUUCAAAAUUUCCGCCUGGAAGCGUUAGAGCUUAUAAUCAGUGGUCUGUAAUGUAUAGUGCUUCCUUUAAUAUUGAUUCGCAUUUAUCUAGCGUUUUUUAAAGAACUGUUUUUCACUCACCAUUUGCCAUUCACCACAGUCAUAGUUAAAAUGCCUCCAACGCCAUCAUUUGAUUGUCUCAUUGGAAAGAACAUGUAAAACUAGGGAGUAAUUCCCCUUAUUUCUUUUGAUAUGUAAAUUAUUUACCUCACCUUGCGUCACACAUGCACAACACUUACCGCACAAAAUUGAAUAUGUUAAUUGUUUACUGAUAUCAGUGACAAUUAAAACACUAAAAAUUGUCUAUUAUUUUUGGUGUAUAAUAAUGAUAAGAAAGCUUCUGGCUGAUAGGGAUGCAACUAUAUACCUGACAAAUACAAGGAGAACUUGCAUUCUUCAGGUAAUUACAUCCCUUGCGCAGAUAGUUCAAAAUUAUAAUAAUUAUGGGUCGACGCUUUUCAUUUGAUAAUGAGCAAGACAAAAAGCUUUCAAUUGUAAGGACAUUGUGCGCGUGUGAUAAAAUGUAGAUAAUUUGUGUAUAAAAAAACUGAAAUGUCUCGAUCAUAAACAAAGCAAGGAAAACUAUAUAAACGAUUCACUCUAUAUAGUAUAAUAUAAUUAUCUUCCCAAUUAGACAACAAAAACUUUGAGUUAGGGGCACUAUAAUUAAACUUAUUUUUCAGUAAAUUUCGUAAAACAAUAUUGUACAUGGCAACCUCUAAUAGUGACUUGUGCAUACUCCUUAAGACUGUUUACAUUUUAGGUUGUAUUUACCCUAAUGCUUUGGGCAUGGAAGCUGGACAUAUUGAGGAUUCUCAAAUUAGUGACUCGUCUUCGUGGAAAUAUGAUCAUGCAGCGUUUUACGGUAGACUGAAGUCUCAUGGUAGCUGGAUACCUGGUGUUUCAGAGGGUGAUGAUUUUGUAACUGUUGACUUUCUGCAUACAACACUGCUGACUGGUAUUGCCAUUCAAGGUGGAUUCUUGGUGGACAGUUUUGUGACUGACUUUAAAAUUUCCCUCAAGAGUGGUGAUAGUGGGUUUACUCCUUAUCAAGAAAAUGGCGCACAAAAGGUGAAAAGAAAUUAUUGUAUAGUUCAUAUUAUUUGUUCUAAGUGUCGGGAUUUUGGACAUCUCAUUCGAUAUACAUAACUAAUAGUUUUUGAGGGGAUUUGUAGAUGGAAACUUAGAGUGGAAUUUUUAUACAUUUGUAGUUUGUUAUACCGAGUGAGAUGCCCCAAAUCCUGAUAUUUACCGAUACACCGUACACUGGCACCAACUUAGUAUUUAUACAUGAAUUUGUGGGAUGUGGGUAGAGCUCGACAACUGUCUCUCUGUAGCUUAGCUGGUUAGAGCGCUGCACCGGAAUCGCAGGGCCGCAUGUUCGAUUCCCGCCACAGUGCUAAAUUGUUCGAAGUCUGCAUGUCAAGUUUCAAUUCCCAAAACAAAUUAACCUUUUGAGAGGCAGACUCGGUGCAAGUCUAAGUUCUUAUAUAUUCGUACACAGACGAGGAGACUUAAUUGCACGCUGUGCUAAAAAGUAACAAAAUAAGGAAACGAACUUUACCAAUAGAACGAUCAGCUCAAAAUUAGUUGGUUUCCAUGACGUAAUGCAACCAUUUUGGCAGUGACAUUUGGGAAAUGUUCACCAAGUGAAAAUGAAUAUAACUGGAACGCUACCUCCAACCGGAAAUUUGAAGCCAAACUUGAAGGCUAGUCCCAGAUAUUUGGUGCUUAUAAUAAUGCAUAUAUAGCAUCAUCUUUGAAACCGGAGUCUAUUUUAUACCACUAAGAGCGUUUUUCGAUUGACGUUUUCCAUUCGCAGAUUUUAGAUUGAUUUAGAUUGAUUUUUAGAUUCAUGCGCAUCGUCUGCGUAUGGGCAGUUCUACAAUAAUCAGAUAUUUCGUCAGAAAUUUCGCGUUACACCCGCUUAAAAUUUACAAAAAAGCUUUAUAAUGCAUUUAUUCAGGUAGAACUUUCUGGUUGUUUUUCUAAUAAUUGUUUACACGAGAGAGUCGCGAAGCAUAAAAACGCGAGUUUUGACCCACACACACGUGUGUCUGGGGGGUCAGAUUUGGCUUCAAGAAAAAGAAGGCAGUUUAACUGAAGGUAGCGUUCGUGUUAUAUUCAUUUCACUGUGUUCACCUGAGUGGCUCAGGUAACGUUUACCAAAACGUUUAUGUACUAUUUAAAGCACGCGUAGGAGUGUUUUAUCAGAUAUAAAACGCGAGGCGCAGCCGAGCGUUUUAUAUCUGAUAAAACACGACUGCAAGUGCUUUAAAUGGCUUAAAAUACGGCUACAAAAGAAUACUAAUUAGGAUGAACCAUUAUAUAAUCAUACUAAUUAGGAUGAACAAUUAUAUAAUGCCUCAUGCUUUAUCAGAUAUAAAGUCACUCCACGUGACAUAUUAUGGCUGACAUGAUUUGUCACAAGGUUUAUGAAUUAUUAAUGAGUAUUUUAAUUGUAUAUAAAAUAAGCUUUUAUCCUUUCAUUUUUUAGGUAUUUUUACGUCACGCUGAGGCCAACACAACUGUGAGCUAUAGAUUUCCAUUAAUACUUGUGGUAAAUAGUAUCCGUGUUACUCCGCUGUCCUGGAAUGGCACGAAACCUGCAAUGAGACUGGAAUUUAUGGGUUGUUAUGAAGGUAUUGAGUCAAUAUUUUCCUAUUGUUACAUUUGAUUUCCUAAUACUUUUGACUAAAGUUUUGGUCUAAACUUUGUUCUAAUGUUAAGAAGUUUAUAUAAGUAUACUAUUUAAUACAUGAGCAGCAGUGUUUUAUCAGAUACACAAACACGAGCCGAAUCCUGGCUUGUGAAACGUUUUGAUGAGAACGUUCGUAUUCUGCAAAAAUUUAAAAUAAAUUAAUGAUAUUUGGUGAGAAAAUUGAACUUAAAGUUUAUGUAAAUCAGCAUGAUUUUGUAUCAGAUAUACAAACUCCGUAACAGUCAUGAUUUCUUUUGUGCUUACUUCAUGAAUUAUUAAUGAUUUCACAAUAACAUUUUCGAACCGGUUUAUAAGCAUAUGAUUGGUUUCUCUUAAUCCAGGGACCAAUCACAGGCUUUAUUAAUUUACAAAUGUCUUUGUUUACCUGCAUAUUUACCUAGCCUGCCUACCAGAAAUUGUAUAUAAAUUUUUGUCUGAUUCUAACGAACAAGAUGCAAACAAUUUUGAAUAUUGCCCAUAUAUAUACGUUGUCAAGAACAUGCUCAGCAACUGGAUCCUGAAGCUCAGUGGUCGAAGACGUACGAGCGCAGCACCUCAUGUUCUUGCCAGAGGGCCUAAAUUUCCAUUUAUCUCCACUGCUCCGAGUUAGUCUAAAAUUGUAUAUAAAUUUUAGUUAGAAAUUUCCGCCUACAAAAAUCCCAUGUAUUUUCAGUUAUCUUUGGAAUUGUAGCUGAAUAUGAAAUUGAUUACUUCCAAUUCUUUCCUCAUUUGGAAGAUAUUGAGGCAUUCACCAUAUUAUGAUGAUAGAAAUUUCGAGCGAUAAUAACAUACAUUUCAGACCUGGAGCAUUUCAAAAUUGGAGCAUCCAUUUCAAGUAUUAUUUACCAUAAAUAAUUAACACUUAUUUACUGGGAGCGAGGGUUUCCCUUGCUUUCCCGAGGUCCCAUGCAGUAAAUAAGUAUUUUAUUAUAUAUCAAUAGUCAAAGAAACAACAAAUUAAAGAACAAAUGAACGUAAAUACAUGAAAUAUUUUAUUGUUAAAACGUUAAAUUAAACACUGCAGUUACUUAAAUCGAAAGUUUAAAUAGUUAUAAAGUUAUCAAAUGUUUAAAAAGCUUUUAGGCAUGUCCAAAGGUCGCAUCUUCACGUGAUGGCGCACGUGAUUUUUUUUCGUUAUUCCCCGGUCGAUAACGUAUGCAUUAUCUCCCUCCCGCGCUGUUGCAGCCUAAUUUUGUCAUUCUCACGUGAUAUGCUCUCGACCAAUAAAACACUAGAAAAAUGCGACUUUGACUAUUGGUAGCCUAUAUAAUAAUAUUAUAUAGGUACUUCAGGUAUUUGCUUCAUAUGAAAAUAUUGCAGAUACUGAUGUUUGUGAUUCGUCUCCCUGCCAAAAUAAUGGAACUUGUAAUGACCACUUCACCACUUAUAACUUCUUUAACUGCACAUGCGCAGAUGGAUACACUGGUAGAUUCUGUGAGACAGGUAGGACGCGAGGAAAUUUCUUGUAUUUUCUUUUUUGCAAAAGAUCGUGUUUUUAUACUGCACAUCAUAUAUAUAUAUAUACACUUUCACAAUUUUUUUAUUAUUCAUUUUAUAUUAUUAAAUAUUAUAUUGUUCAUUUUCUUGAUCGAAAGUAAUUAAUUAGCCUUUCUCACGCUGUGCUCAUCCGCUGUUUUGGGGAACUGCUUCUCCCAAGUCUGAGAGUACAAAACCAGGAAAUGCGACUUUUUAUAGGCCUAACUGUAAUUCUGUGUGCAUGAUGGUAAAUUAAUGUGAAAACUUUGAAGUCACUUUCACAUUGUUUAGAUUGUCUAGAUACUCUGACAUGGGAAGACAGUACCCCAAAACUGGUGCGUGUGGGUUUGUGUGAGAAAUGUAUUAUUCAUAGUUGAGGCGAGACAUACAUAACUUUCCUGCCUCUAUUAAGAGUAAUAAAUUGAUAUACACAUUGUUUGGAGAGUUCGGGUGAAAAGGAGAGGGAAGGUUCACUACUAGUAUAUAUUUCAUGGCUCAUGCGUUUUGCUAGCCUUAUAAUGAUAUAUAUUUAAGUUAUGUCAAUUGGUGAUUUUAGAAUGUCUGGAUGCGAGACCUCUGGGAAUGUCAGGAGGACAGAUUAAAGAUGAUCAGAUCACUGCAUCUUCAACAUACGAUAGCCAGGCUGUUGCACCUGCAGGGAGAGUGAACGCCAGUGCAGUUCGAAGAAGUGGAGGUUGGGUGGCUGCAAAGAACGACGGCAAACAAUGGUUUCAGGUACUAUUACAUAAUAAACCUAAUAACCACAUUCAACAUCAUUGCCUAAUAAAGAAUGAAAAUCGUUGAAGCGAACAUGUAAAUAACUCGGUGUCUGCGCGAUUAAUAACAUGAAGGUGCAUGGAGUGUUGCAAAAUGUCGUGCUUUAACUUCGAUUUAAAGACUUGAUUAGCGCAACGAUCUUUAGAAGAAUCUAAAAUUAGUUGGGGAUAUAUAUUUAUCUCAGAAGUAUUUUGUGAGUAAUAAAGCUUGAGAACAACUUUUACUCGACAUUAUAUACCAAGCUUACAAACCUACUAGACUAUUAGCCUAACUAAACGUUUACAUUAAUUACACAACAACAUAUAUAUUUCACAUGCAUUCCGUUCCCAAAUGACGUAAUCUUAGCUACAUGCCUACACUCCUGUUAAUCUUUUAGUUAUAGCAGUAUCUUGAAUAUAGCUUUCAUUUUCAGGUCGAUUUCUUAGUUAACGCAACCGUUGCUUCAAUAUUGACUCAAGGUAGAGAUAAUUAUAGUCAUUGGGUUGAAACAUAUCAAAUGUCAUACAGCAAUGAUGGCAUUAGUUUUCGGGAUUACAAUGAAGGAGGAAUUACAAAGGUUAGUCCUAAGUUAUCUGCUUUUGACAUCAUAUUUUGUCUUUUCUGGUCUUGGCUUUGCCAUGUCUGCCUUGCUUUGCUUUGCCCAUGCGCUACAGGUAUACCUUGCCUUGCUUACUUGCUUUCCUUUGUCCUGCAUGCCUUAAUUUAUUGCCUUGCUUUCCACUACACACGUAAAAAUCUCACACUGAUCAACAAGAUGCGUUCACAACAGGCUUGUGGCAAGCUUGUCAACAAUUUGUAACAAUAUUGCUACUUUAUAAACUAGAUGGUGCAAGAUUGGCAGUUGCAACCUCUUAACAAGUUGUUAAAUUGCCAGGGCCGGUUGUUCGGAGGCCGGAUAACGCCAUCCACCAGAUAGUGAUUUUUUAACCGUUGUAAAAUUGAUUGAAAAGCUAUAAAACAACAGAUCUUGAUAUCACAAUCAAUAAAAAGAAACUUCAAUUUUUAAUACUAAAGUUUAAUCUGCAGAGAAUUGUAGAAAGUUUUGAAAAUGUAUACUAUCCUGUGGAUAACGCUAUCCAGCUUUCGUACAACUGGCCCUAGGACAAUAUACCAGUUAUUGAAACAACUGGUUACUAUAUAUAGUCUGUUGAUUUAACCAUGCACCUUGUACCUUGUACCAACUUGUUAAAAAUCCGUUAAAAACUUGUCAACGAGCUGAAAAGUUAUAACAAGUUGUUGAAAUAUCGUUAGUACAAGUCUGUCGCAGACUUGUUCCAAAUUGUGCGCUUUUGUACAUGUAAAUCUUGUGUACUUUUGUCCCGCCUUACCUUACCCUUUCCUAUGCAUUCCCAUUCUUUUUCCCCUACUUUGCCUUGUUCUACCUAUAUACGUACCCUUCUCCUAUUAUCUAUAAACCAUAAUAUACAGUAUAGUUGUUGAUAAAAAGUCAUUGUAACUUUUGUAGAUAUUUAAUGGCAACUCAGACAGAGAUACAGUGGUGUGGAACACCUUAUACCCACGUGUUUUUACCCGGUUUGUUCGUAUUCACCCGAAAAUAUGUCAUGAUAACUGCUCUCUGAGAGCUGAGUUCCUUGGAUGUUAUAAAGGUAAGUUCAAAUUAACUUAAAUUAACAAGUUUAUUUUGGAACAAAUGGUCAAAAUAUAAAAAUUGGCAAAUGACCUGUCAUAUAGUUUAUAACCAAACAGUAUAAAUUCAAUUUAUUUCAAUGACUACGGUAGACAGUUUAUAUACUCAUUAAUUGAGAUUACGGCUUGACUCGUUGACGAAACUUGCCGUGGAUGUUUGAGAGUUCGAGAAUGCUGUUAAAUUAAUGACAAUUUAAAGAAUGUAUACAUAAAUAACAAGUGUGCUUUCUGGAGUAAAUGGGAUUCCUCAGACGAAAUAAAUAAAUAAUUUAAUUCAGUCUAGCUAGAUGAACACACAAAUUGACAAACUAUCUAUAAGUAAGUGUUAAUGAAGUGGCUUGGAAUAACUAAUUGGUCGAACUCAACUGAGUAAUCAGUAAAUCGAAUUGAAUAAAGGCAGUAAUUCUAAAAUCUUUGUUGAGAAAAAUAUUGCAGUCUAUAUCAUUAUAUUCGAAGGAGGUCAUUUUCCUUUUACCGUCGAAAACUAUGAGGGCUCCCGGAUAAUUAACACUUAUUCUGCGAACUCGAGUCGUAUAUGAGCUGAAAGCCGACGAGGUGCGUAGUACCGAGUUGACUACAUAUACGACGAGAGUGAGUAGAAUAACUGUUUUAUUAUAUAGACAACUACUGCAUUUACCGACUCUUCAGUAUGGCAAUAUUUUGUCAAUUAUAGUUUCGCAAUUCACACAACAGUUGUUGCUGGGAGUUUUUUCACUGUGUUUUUAUUUGCCGUCAAGUCUAUAAAAAGCAGAUAACUUGCAGUUUUCUCGUUCGCAAAACUCCGGUAAUUCUUGCGCCGCCAUCUUGUUUUUUUUCUACUAGCAGGAUAUGAGCUAAUUUCCUGCUUGUAGAGAGCCAAUCGGAUUGCAGAAUAGCUUAUAUCCGGUGGCUGUCUAUAUAAUAAUGCCUUCUAUUUUUCGACCAUACGCGUUGCAGAAAAGUAUAUGCGUGGGAAUGAUUAUUCAAAAACAUGUCUGCAACCUGUUCAAAAAUUUUUCCUCAGUUUGGAAUUGUGCAAAAAUUUUAAAAAAAUUGUAUGUUUAAAAAAAAAUUGCAUGGUUUUGUAAAACUGAUUAGUCAGUGUGAUACCGGGUAUGUCUUAUAAUUGAAAUCAUAGUGGAAGACCCCCCAUUUUUUUAUGAUCCGCAGCAUUUUAUUAUCUGCAAAAGUUUAAAAGUCAAUGCAUGCUGUCAUUAAAUCGGAUUUAAGUUUUAUCAUUUUAAUUUCUAGUUAUACCUUCACGGUGCUUGAAUCCAAUUGCCCUUGGAAUGGAAAACAAGCAAAUCAAAGACCAUCAGAUUACCGCAUCUUCAGAACUUUAUGACGCGAAAUACCGCGACCGUUGCGCAGCUGCCAAUGGCAGAGCGAACGCAACUAUAUUCUCACGCUAUAGUACAUGGAUAGCACUAUUGACAGACCACGAAAUGUGGUUUGAAGUGGAUUUCUUAUAUAAUACAACUGUGAAAGAAAUAAUGACUCAAGGAAGGCAACAUUACGAUCAGUGGGUGAAAUUCUACAAAGUCACAUACAGAAACGAAACUGACGCGGAAUUCCAUACGUAUGAAAUGGGUGAUGGCCUCAGGGACAAGGUAAAUUAUAUUUUAAUUAAUUAUUAUUCAGCGUAUAAGAUUGUAGAAUUGCAAGGGUUAUGGUGGUUAGCAAACAUAUGGACAUUUUCAUAAGAUUUUCCUAGAUGUUCUACGCAAUAUAUUUUAAUAAACGAGAAGGCGACUUAGACUUAUUUCAAACAUUGCAUUAUAUGUACAUGCAAAAUUCGAUGUCUGAAACAAUUAAAUUCGACGUUUCUAAUUGCGGUCGACAGUGUAGACAGAUUUGGAUCGAGGAUGCGGAAGUCAAAGACGACGUGAAAAUGGCGUCAAAAUGGCGUGGCAUACAUAUAUACAGUAUCCAUGCAUACAUGGCCACAACACGCCAUUUUCACGUCGUCUUUGACGUCCACGUCCUCGACCUAAAUCUGUCUAAUGCGAGCAAAGUGCGACGUGGUUUCAGACGUCACAUUUUGCGCAUUCAUGGCUUUAAAGACUUUGCGUAAUAUUAUACCUCAAAUUUAAAGUGUCCAAUCAGAAAGCUAUGUUUGUGCCACGUGGCAUGAAGUUUAUCAUCGAAUCGCGUCUUACGUCAUCGUAUUUGACGUAAGCGGGUGACUUGAAUCAUAUCACAUAUGGCGAUUUGAUCAUGACACCUCGGUGACAUGAUUCGCGUAAAUCACGCGCGGCGAUCACGCAAACAAGAUGGCUGACAAAAUAUGUGAUGAAUUAUUAAAUUUUUAAAUUUUUUUUUCGAAAAUUUUGAAGCAAAUUUUGAAAAUUAUUAUCAUCAAUGUUCCAAACGAUAUGUGAUUUGAAAGAAAAGUGACAAAUACUUGCGUUAAUAAAAAAAAUAAAGCAUCGUAUUUACGAAGACGGCAUGUGGCAAGCUUUAUAUUCUCAACAUGGAGACUUUUAAUUUUCGUUUUUGAAGCAAUUUAAAAUAUUCGCAGUGCGUGUUUUAUCAGACCUAAAGAUAUUCGACUUCCCCUCGUAUCUUUAUAUCUGGUAAAACACUGCUGCUCAUAUGUUUUAAUUAGUACUUAAAUCGAUCAUGAAUUAUUAAUGAGUUUGAGAAUUUAUCUUUGUUCCGUUUCCUAUGCGAAAAUAAAAAAAGUUUGGUAAAAGCGUUCUGAGCGUUUCUUCUAUUUCAAUGAAGGUCAAUGUUCAUGAUUGGCCGGAGGGCGAGCUUCAGGUUUGAGAAAAGCUAAAACCAUGAGGCUGGCCGAAAGAAUUCUCCAAUACAGGCUUUGCCAAAACUGUUCGUGAACAUAUCUUGAUUCUCUGCCUUUUCUAGGUUUUCAAAGGAAAUUCCGAUCGAAACACAAUUGUCGGUCAUGCAUUGUCACCAGUAAUUCGCCUUCUGGUUAUUCGUAUUCUUCCACUAAGCUGCAACGGACCUUGUGCUCUUAGAGCUGAAUUUGUUGGCUGUUACGAAGGUAUAGAAAACUUUCUGUUUGAAUGCAAAACUUUAAAAAUAUUUUCAAAACUGACUGUCCUAAAGGGGGGCACACUAAUUGCACUCCAUGCAGUUUUCACUGAUACGUGCAUGAGAAAAGCAGAUGGAUAUGAGUUAAACUACCUUAAAAAUACAGGGAAAACUUGGACGUUUCCAGCGAAGGCCUUUCGUCGGGAAGUUAGUAUUAUAACAUGGGUCGGGAAAAUACAUGUUCUUCUAUACUAGCGAAUAUAAAAGUGAUCACGUGACAAAAAAUAAACCAAUCAGAUGGAUCUGGUCAAAACAAAGUGUAAACAAAACUAAAUCAGAUUACAGAAUAUGUUACUAAGGAUAACGGGAAAGAAACUACGGGAUAAUAAAAUAAGGAAUAAGGUGAGAAUUAAAGUUAGGCAAGGACAGAUGUAGUGAAAUUUGCAUAUUGUUAUUGUAAAAAAGUAAAAUAACAAUAUGCAAAUAAGGUAAAUGCAUGAAUUAAGCAUGCGUGAAAGGUAUUGGUGCGAAAAAGACUGUAUAUGAAGGAAAUGCAAAUUUUCUGAUACUUGGACCAUCAAUAAAAAACAUAACAAAUUGCUCGCCCAUGAACUCAAUAUGCGUUUUUAAAACUUUUAAAUUUAAAGUUUAAAAACUUUUAAAUUGCGCGCACAAUCCAUUUUAAUGCUGCUAAAAAACACGCACCCUUCCCUGUUCUAGAAAAUUUAUCUUUACGAUUCGUCAUCGCCCUAUUUGCGUUCAGGUUGCUUGUAUCCCCACCUUCUUGGCCGAUGCCACCAUCUCUCAAGUAUAUAGGAUGCAGUCAUGUACGUUGCCGACUUCAGAAUACCCCUGAUAAGAACAUUAAACUGAAGUCUCCAUGGGUCUUGGACAAGUCGCUAGUGGCCUUGCGAAAAUUCUACUUGCUAUAGACAAUAUACCAUGAACACAUUUUGUAGGCCGAAGAAGUGUUCUUCUUCAAUAUCAUGGACGAUUUCAGUAGUUUCCCUGCAUGCCUGGCCUUCAUUUUUCGGAGAUUUCUUAUAUUGGGCAAGUUUUACACCAGUGUUAUGUUCUGGAGGUUUUACUUUUAAUCUCUUCAAACUGUAUUAAAUUCAUACAAUGGUCAAUACACAACAACGUUUUUUCACAAUAAUUUAGUUGAAGGAGUUUGUUUUGGCUAUCGUCGUCGCGUUGCCGUCGUAUGUGCUUUAAGAUUCUUUAGUAUUCAUAACCUGGCAUUUUCCUUUAUUUUAAUAUUGUCGUUAUAUUACUGUAGAAUUCAACCAAUUUCGGCGCCAUUAACGUAACGACUAUGAGGGCAAAAACACCGCCCAAUUAAAACGCUGGGACGACAAUUCUCCACAUGUGAUAAAAAUUGUUUAUUUUACUUAUUUGCUGCGCGAAUAUACUUACUUAAUAACACAAUUUUUGAAUUCCAUUUGUAGAUGGUGAUGUAUGUGAACCUUCCCCAUGUCUGAAUAAUGCUACUUGCAAUGAUCAUUUCGACUUCUUCAACUUUUUUAACUGCACAUGCUUAGGAGGAUACACAGGAGAAUUGUGCGAGACAGGUAAAUAAACAUUUUUUUCAAGUGAAAAUAAAUUUUCAAAUGCAUCUAAUACUUUUCUACGUAAAUUGUAUUAUAAUAUCUCCCAACUCUUUCUGGAAAGCCUCAAAACUCGGAAAAACCAAACAUUUUCGCGAGGUUUUUUGACAAAUUUUGUUUUGGCCCUAUUAUAUUUUAGCAGUUAAACGAUUUUUGUUUAUUGUAAGUACUUGAGUGAAAAGACUAACUGUCUCAGUAUGCUCUAAAAUGAAAAAGGAAAGAGAGAGAGAGAGGAAAUUAAAGGAGUAAAAUUUAUCGAUAUAUAAAGUGUAUUUUUCAAAAAAAAUUUUCAAAAACGGACUGGUACUACCUACAAAGCACGGUUUUAACCCCCCCCCCCCCGACUUAUCAUUCUAGUUUACUUAUAGUUCAAUGGACUUUACUAAAUUACCUUUGCUUAAAUAAAUGGAUGCAUCAUUGUCGAUAUAUAAAGUGUAUUUUUCAAAAAAAAUUUUCAAAAACGGACUGGUACUACCUACAAAGCACGGUUUUAAUCCCCCCCCGACUUAUCAUUCCAGUUUAUUUAUAGUUCAAUGGACUUUACUAAAUUACCUUUGCUUAAAUAAAUGGAUGCAUCAUUGUUGUCUCUUUUUGAACAAUAGACAGCUUAAUUUAAGCAAAGCGCUUCAUCGCGCCAAUGACAACCUCCCGGAAGUAAAAUCGACGUUAUGGAACACGUUGCGUAUGUCAAUAACGUGCCAAUUAGCACCAAAAAUUGGCCCACGGGGACGAGUGUGUCACUAAUGUUCUGACCACGUCUUGCACUGAUUGAAGACUGACCUAAAGUCUUAGUCUAUAUCACACAUGGUCGUAUAAUAGCUGCAUCUAAUUUUUAGGAAAUAUUAUUUACACUGCCGUUUUCGGGCCAGUAUUGCAACGCGUUCCACAUUCGAGAAUGAUUUCGCAUUUCGAUACAACGCUGUUCGCUUUUGUUGGAAUCAUCCUGAGCCUAUAAUUUUCAAAAAAACUUUGAGAGAAGGGAUCUAAUUCUUACUGUGUAAUACUUGCAUUAACGUUCACAAUAUACUCAUCGUCUACUGAUUUUGAGUCGAUUUCGGGUAUUAGUUCAUGCAAUUGAUCGAUCAUUAUAGACAUAGUUAAUUAAAAAUGUUAAUGUUAAUAUUUCUCCUCUGUGAUUUUCUUUUAGAAAUUGAUGAAUGUCUCUCUUACCCUUGUCUGAACAAUGGAACUUGUAACGAUUUUGUUGAUUUUUAUAAUUGCACCUGUACGAUAAAUUAUCAUGGAACAAAUUGUCAAUACGGUAAGAACAUUAUAUUAAUCCCCACAAUAUGUAUGAAUAGCUAGUCAGAUAUAUAGUUCAACCUCCAAAGAUGCAUCAAGAGACUUACGCUCUGGUCAUAGGACGAUGAGAGUUGAUGAGACGUUUAGUAUUCAUGAAUUGUUACGGGGUACAUUUCAAGCUCUGGAUUUACAAAAUAAAGGUUUGAUGAGUGUUCCGGCAAUGUUUUGACUUAAAUAUACAAUACAUGAUAAUAUUCGGAAAGCAUUAAGAACAGCUAACCAGCUUGCGUGAGUCAUGUCAACUCUCAUGCGCUCUCAUCCUCGUUUUAUCCAGACUUAAAGUCCCGUUUACACUUGCAAUUUUUGCUGCGAUUUCUAGUGCGAUUUUCUUCUUCUGAUCCAUGUGAACGAGUAGAUUAGUAACAUUCAUAACUCAUCCACUCGUUCACAUCCACCACAAGAGAAAAAUCGCACCUAAAAUCGCAGCAAAAAUUUACAAGUGUAAACGGUCCUUUACACCAAAGAGGCAGAGCAGAGUGUCUGUUUUAGACAGGUGUCCGUUUCAUCGAUAAUCGAGAGGUUCAGAUUUGACUUCUUCCGCUACCUUUCACAGGCUUUAUACACAUUCGAUUGGUUAAUCGGGUAGAAUAAUGCAUCAGAUAUUUCCAUAUUGAAUUCCAAAUUUUCAGAAGUGGUGAGAGGUGCAUGCUCCCGACCCAACGACAUAGAGUUUGUUUAGCUCGCCCAUGCAACCAAACCAAUCUUUCGUUGCCUAUGCAAACUUAAGUGUUUUAUCAACGUACUACUUUACGUUUAUAUACAAUGAAUAGUAUUUUGAAAAAAACUCCUGCAAUUUAUGUGACUGCAUGAUUUUGUGAUACAUUCAUAUUUUCCCAUGCACUAGGUCACUGGAGUGUCCGUAUAACAACCAGGUUUAAUGUCAGCUACUCUGGUUUUAGAAGUAAAUGGAUACAAAGCCCAGUCGAAUUGCAUUUACGACCUAACGUUGACUGCAUGAGCUUUGCAUUCUUAUACUUUUAAAAAACCAAAGUAGCCGGUGCGAAAUCAUGACUAAUAUUUAUCUUCUGGGGAUGGUAUUUAAUGUUCGUUAUAAGUAUUAAUAGGUAAUUAUUAUUUUUUAAUAGAAAUAAUAUUAGAAUUUUAUCAGGCCAUAAGAAACUGUCUGUUAGAGAGGCGUUUGGUCGACUGUUCAGUAAUUAAAAAAUAUGAGCACUUGAGUAUCUGUAAGCGUUUAAUAAUCCUACUUCGAUUGAGGAACGUUUAACCCGACUAGAAAAAUAACGUGGAGAUAAGAAUUUUCCUUACUAUGACUGUUCUUAUUUCUGUUUUAUCUUUAACAGAGGUGAUAUGGCCGAUAGCCAAUUUUUCUGUGCCAUUCAUACCUGCUCAACUAUUUGGUCAGAAUAUCUCCACUAUUUGGGAUAUGGAUCAAGGAAGUUAUGUAACAGUAGAGGUGUAUUAUAACGAAAUGCUGUGUUGUAGUCGCUUCUUAAAUCGCCAAUUAAACCACGUUGGAAGUCAAUGCAACUGCUCGAUAUCAGAUCCCGCCCUCUUCGAUCCGGACGGGGUUGUCGAUUUUCGUAUUUAUGCCUACAAUAACGUGUCGAAUGUCACAGUAACCUUAGAAGUUGAAGUUUUGAAGCUUAUUGAAAAUGUUGGUAUUUCUGCACUUACCAGCUUUGCCAAUUGGGGUAUUGGUGUCGAAGGAACAGGGAGUCAAAAGAACGUCUUUCCCACGGAGUAUCCUGUAAAAUUGAGUGCUAUCUUUGAUGGCGGGCCAGCUAGUAUUGUAAACUGGACAUUUAGCUGUACUGUGAGUCCUUCAAUACCUGACGAAAACGAACUAUCUGUUGAUAAGACCUUCCCAAGCGAUAUAGCUCAGUUAUGUGAUAUUACAUUGGUUUUAACGAACAAUAUUAGUACAGACAGUGCGUCUACCACUAUUGAUCUUAAAGAAAGUAUUAUUUUCACUAGUUUUACUUACGAUGGUCCUUUAAAGCCAAACCAAACCAUGACUUUCACUCUUUCGUUCGAGAAAUUUGGCCAAGGGACUUGCGUUGUACUAGAUAUGGGAGACAAUAGUUCUCUGCUUGUGUUUGGCGAAGCUUCAUGCAAAACAAAGUUUGAUGUUUCUCAAGUAAACCCAAACAUCGUCGAAGAACCGCUUUCGACCUUCUACGAAAGAACUCCAGAAACUUCUGCCAUCACGAUAGAACAUGAAUUCCCAGGAGUUGGGGCGUAUGCCGUCAAGAUGAGUGCAGCAAAUCUUCUUGCUAAUGUGACAGAAAGCUUGGUUGCUGUGGUCAUUCCUUUUGUGUGUAAAUAUCCGAAUAUAACAAUAACAGGUAAUACCAUACACAAAUUAUCUAAAGUCUAAAACUCUCGACUCUCGAGCGCCCAUUUUAUUCUUUUGAAGCCGAUCAACCAGCUAAAAUACACAUUUUUCCUUAUAUUAAGUUAUUUUAAGUUAGGGAAACAAUGGAUUGUCUUAGUAUUAGUCUCUAAUGUUUUAUUGAGUUCCAAAAUCUCAACCCUUCUUUUCAUUUUUCUUGCAAUGGUCAUGAAGUUGAUAACUGUCUGUCUGUCUUACAAGUCACUCUUUUAUUGUGUUUACAUACCGUAAACCUACGAAUAUAAGCCCUGGGCUUAUAUUCGUUCGUAACCAUUUUCAUGGGCUUAUACAUGCAUGGGGAGGUAUAUACGGGAGGGCGUAUAUACUGACGACAUGUACCUGUAAACCAUACCUGAACGAUACGAAAUAUAUGUACAGUGUAUAACACAUAAGAAAAACAAGUUGGUUAACAUACUAUUGUCACUGUAAAUGUAAUUACCAUCACUCGUCUGAGGUGCUGGCAUCCCCGUCACUGCGUUAAUAAAUACCUGUCCAAUAUGAUGGGGCUUAUAAUUCGGGGUGGGGCUUAUAUUCGGAAUAGCCUGAGCAUUAGUGAAUAUAGUGGGCUUAUACAUGGGGGGUGCUUAUAUUGGGGGGGGGGGGAUUUUCGGAGGUUUACAAUAUUAGAGAGCUUCAGAUAUUACUAGAACUACCUCUCACUGACCCAGUUACGCAUCUGAUUCAUUAAGUGGUAGCGGUUCUCUUUCGUCAAGUCAUGUAAACCCUUUGAACGAAGUUGCUUUUCUAGAUCGCUCAAGGAAAUAUAAUAAAAUUUAAAUCUCGUAAUAUUGUAUUUCUCAACAGGUCUAGCUCCUAAUGACUCAAACCUUUUAGCCGCGGCUCAAGUAUACCGUUCUGUGCCCAUUUUUGUGGCGACUGAAAACGAAAUCUACUGCGAAGUAACAAACUAUGUGAACGUAUCUUGGACCGUUUAUAAAAUUGAAGAUGAUCCGAACAUUUUAACCACAACACCACGGAUGAAGAUUUCCGAUUUAGGGAAAAGUGUGUUCCACACUGGCAUUAUUUCACCGGACCUUUUUCUUCCUGAAAGAGAUUUACCGUUCGGGUACUACGAGAUAAGUGCUCGCGUUGAGAUGUGGGGUUUGCAUAAUAUUUUUGGAAUUGGUACACUGUAUAUCCAAGUUGUCCAGACGCCAUGGAUUUCUGCUGCUGCAACUAGUGGGUCGUUUUAUACUGUACCUUUUAAAGAGCCG